AUGAACCCCGAUACAAACCAGCACCCUUUCGGGUCACACCACCAGCCUCUUGAACCAUCCGUACAAGGGCAGACUACGCAGUCGGGGAACGGUACUCAGUUGGAAGGUUACAACCAUCAGCCUGUCCAGAUAAGCCGCAACCAUACAGUUCAUCAACCGAUAGAGUAUGGACAGACCAUGCCUCGAUACGUAUACCGGAACCAGCCAAACCACAUGGCCAGUUCUCCCCAUGCGACAACUGGAUCACCAUUCUCUGGUGAACCAGUCCACAACAAUGGGUUAAUCAACAGACCUCAAGCCCCUACGACAAUGCUCUCUCCAUCUGUUUCAUCUCCUACUCACGCCAACUGUCAUAUAUCUCCAACACCUUUCCUGCAAACGCAGAAUCUUGCCACAUUUCAAGAAUCAACAUGGCAACACCGAUUCUAUGGGAAUAUUGCCAAUAUCCCGCCAAGAGCGUCGGAGCCGGCAGCCUACACAAGCUUGCAUGACCAGAGAUCAACCAACGACUUCCAUUACGACGUUGCUCAACAAGGUCUUUCACGCGCACAGAAACGCCAACGUCUUCGAUCACCUGAGCGCGGAACCGCUGCAAACUCAGUCCUCCAGCAGAACAUGGCACAGGCCGAGGACAGUCAACACCGCUACGAGCACACGCGAGCUGCUGAAAUCCACCUGGAAAUCGAACAUCCUACUACGCAGGCCCUCUCUCCACGUGAUCCAACCAGCUCCGAUCCGACAAGGCCAAAGAAUAUACCCGCCAGAUUCGUCCCGUAUGUCAGUGCAGUAGACCCGACCAAAGCGCUCAAGCAUCGCAGGGAGAUGAUUCCUGCGAUCAACAAGCCAGAGGACUUCAAUGACCUCCAGCUCAUCGAGGACUGCCAAUCGCAGGAGCCAGCAGUACCUGGUAAUUUGAAGUAUUCGAACCGGACGGAGGCUUUCACAAAUAUUGAUCAAACCACAUGCUUGUUAUUCAAGAAACCCGACAAGUGCACAUACCCAUCCAACGAUCCGACAUUUCCGCUCACUGAUGAGGAAGACUGUUUCUAUGUCGAAUGGGUGCUCCUCGGCAUAAACAAGUGGGAUCUGUACCUGGAACAUAGGGCAUGCCUGCCUAAGAAGGAGCGCGACGCACUCCAGAGAGCCCUUUACGAAAUGUGCUGGAAGCGGCGUCAGCAAAACUCGCAAAACAAAGGGAAGUCCAGCAAAGCCUCCAAUUCAGGUGGCUCGCCAAUCCGAACAGGCAGCGGGCGAAUCCUAUCCCUAGCGGAUCUUCUGCCUACCCCUGAGCAGGUUGAGAGAAUGCCAAGUUUGAAAGUGCGACAGGAAGAAGCCCUGGGGCAAGUUCUGAACCCGGAAACAGCUGAGCAACUGAGUUGGAGGUUGGUCCUGCGCAUUUGGUACGCGCAACAAGGUGACUCGGGUGCGCGUCUGGGAACGGGAAAGGAUGGAGCCUGGGAAUCUUACCCAAGCUUCCUGGAGCGCUUCUUGGCUGUAGUGAACCUUCUUACGACCUCGAAAACGAUGGUAAGAAACCUGCUCAGCGUGGGAGACGGCUGGUUGUGCCGCAUCGCGAACAACCCCCGUCGCGAACUGGCAUUCAAGGUUGAGAACGAACGUAACAACUUGGAGAAAAAGUUCAAGACGCGGGACGCGGCAAGCAAGAAGGCCGGAGAGUCUCAGCUCUCUGGCGUGUCAGCCGAGCCUCCGUGUCUAGACAUCCGAGACACGGCUUCGGGUUCUGACCAUCUAGGAGAAGCCGAAGAAGGCCUUCUCUCAUUCUUCGGCGCUGAGGGCUUGUGUGUGGACCCCAGAAGUCUAGAGGACGGGCAUGAACCUGACGACGCCGUGGAGGCCGCACUUUUGUGGAUGAAUGAUACCGAUGUCGCCUAUUUAGAGUAG